UUCUGUUUCUUAAUUCACCAAGAUGGAACUUGCAUUGCCUCUUGCUCUUGCUCUUAUUUUCGUGCUAAUUAGUAUAUACCCAACUUCAGCACACCAAAAUACAGAAUUCGUGAAUGCAAAAGAGGAACUCGAUGUUCCAAGCAGCUUAUUGACUUACAUUGUUCGUGUUAAAAAGCCUCAAAGUCAGGGUGAUGAUUCUCUUCAGUAUAAGGACUUGCAUAGUUGGUACCAUUCACUUCUACCAGCUAGUACAAAAACUGAUCAGAACCAACAACGCAUUACUUUCUCAUACCGCAACGUGGUGGAUGGAUUCGCCGUGAAAUUGAACCCAGAAGAAGCCAAAGCUCUUCAAGAGAAAGAGGAGGUUGUGUCAGCCCGUCCCGAAAGGACAUUUUCUUUGCACACAACUCACACUCCAAGCUUCUUGGGGUUGCAACAAGGACUAGGACUAUGGACCAAUUCCAAUUUUGGCAAAGGCAUCAUAAUUGGAAUUCUGGACACAGGCAUAACCCCUGACCACCUUUCCUUCAAUGAUGAAGGAAUGCCACUUCCACCGGCAAAAUGGAGUGGCCACUGUGAAUUCACAGGGGAGAAAACUUGCAACAACAAGCUCAUUGGUGCAAGAAAUUUCGUGAAAAACCCAAACUCAACCCUUCCACUGGAUGAUGUUGGUCAUGGGACCCACACAGCCAGCACAGCCGCAGGAAGAUUUGUCCAGGGUGCUAGUGUCUUUGGCAAUGCUAAGGGUACUGCAGUUGGCAUGGCACCUGAUGCGCACUUAGCAAUUUACAAGGUUUGUGACCUCUUUGGUUGUUCCGAAAGUGCAAUACUAGCUGGAAUGGACACUGCCAUUCAAGAUGGUGUAGAUAUACUUUCUCUCUCACUUGGAGGACCCCCUGCUCCUUUCUUUGAUGACCCAAUUGCACUUGGUGCAUUCAGUGCAAUUCAAAAGGGUAUUUUUGUUAGUUGUUCAGCUGCUAACGCUGGCCCUUUUUAUUCCUCUUUGUCUAAUGAGGCUCCGUGGAUUCUCACUGUUGGUGCCAGCACCAUUGACAGAAGAAUAGUAGCAGCAGCAAAACUUGGCAACGGGGAAGCAUUUAACGGGGAAUCGGUGUUCCAACCCAACAACUUCACGUCCACGUUACUACCACUUGUCUAUGCAGGUGCAAAUGGAAAUGACUCUUCUACCUUUUGUGCCCCGGGAUCCUUACAGAGCAUGGAUGUGAAGGGAAAGGUAGUGUUGUGUGAGAUAGGUGGAUUCGUUAGAAGAGUAGACAAAGGACAAGAAGUUAAGAGCGCUGGUGGUGCAGCCAUGAUCCUCAUGAACUCACCAAUUGAAGACUUCAAUCCCUUUGCUGAUGUUCACGUUCUUCCUGCUACACACGUGAGUUACAAGGCUGGGUUAGCCAUCAAAAAUUACAUAAACUCAACAUCAACGCCAACAGCUACAAUUUUGUUCCAAGGAACCGUUAUUGGAAAUCCACAUGCACCCGCAGUUACUUCCUUUUCCUCAAGAGGUCCAAGUUUGGAAAGCCCCGGAAUUCUGAAGCCAGACAUCAUUGGACCGGGACAGAACAUUCUAGCUGCAUGGCCUUUGUCAUUGGACAACAAUCUUCCUCCAUUCAACAUCAUUUCUGGCACCUCAAUGUCUUGUCCUCAUCUCAGUGGCAUUGCUGCUUUGCUGAAAAACUCUCAUCCAGAUUGGUCUCCAGCUGCAAUAAAAUCAGCAAUCAUGACAAGUGCUAACACUGUGAAUCUUGGAGGGAAGCCUAUAUUGGAACAAAGGCUUCUACCAGCUGAUGUGUUUGCCACUGGUGCUGGACAUGUUAACCCUUUGAAGGCCAAUGAUCCAGGCCUUGUUUAUGAUCUUCAACCAACUGAUUACAUUCCUUAUUUGUGUGGUUUGAACUACACAGACAAAGAAGUUGGAUUCAUCUUGAACCAGAAAGUGAAGUGCUUGGAGGUGAAAAGCAUAGCGGAAGCACAACUCAAUUAUCCCUCGUUUUCUAUUCGGUUGGGGUCUAGUUCACAGUUCUACACCAGAACACUCACAAAUGUUGGACCCGCCAACAUAACCUACUCUGUGGAAGUUGAUGCGCCUUCGGCUGUAAGCAUAAGCAUAAGCCCUGCAGAGAUAGCAUUCACGGAGGUGAAGCAGAAGGUUUCAUACUCGGUUGGGUUUUAUCCUGAAGGGAAAAACAAUAGAAGGAAACACCCGUUUGCUCAGGGAUCUAUCAAGUGGGUAUCUAGCAACGGCAAGUAUUCUGUUAGCAUCCCUAUAGCUGUCAUCUUCCUGUGAAAAUUUGGACAAGUUGGAGCAUCAUGUUGUUUUGUAUUAAAGGAAUAAGAUUGGAACCACAACUCUCCAAACGAGCCGUACAAUGGCAUCUGGGAGCUUGUUUUACUUUCUUAAAUGUUCAUCUCAACUGUAACUCUCUUAAUCAUGUGAAAUUAUUAGUCUUAAAUAACAUGUAUGGUUGACUGA